AUGCCAGAUAAUGUUCCAGGUGGUACCGUUACUAUUUACCAUCCAAAUAAUAUGCCUCAAUUCUCCCCCCGCAAUGAAUCUUGGUUGUUAUGGAAAGAAAAACUUGAUAUUCAUUUCACUGAAAUAAAUUGCACUGAAGAAAGUACGAAAAAAGCCACUCUCUUGAAAGCUAUUGGACCAAUUGCAACUUUGCAGCUUACAAAAAUGCACUACACUCCGCCAACUAUAAUUUUUCGUGAGCGCAAAAGCUUUCACACUGCUAUACAAGGUGAAGACGAAACAGUAGCAGAAUGGCAUGCUAGAGUAAAAAAAUUAGCACUCGCAUGUAAAUUUGGUGUUCAUUUAGAUGCCUUUGUUUUGGAUCGCUUUAUUAUGGGAAUAAAUAAUAAAAUAUUUGAACGACUGUGUGAAGAGGAUGAGAAAAUUACAAUUGAAGAUGCUCUCAGAAAAGCUUUAAUUAUGGAGAUGAACAUAAAUAAUUGUGGCAAUUCAACUGAGCUCUACAAAGUUUCAAUUAAAAUCGAUGGAAUUCCAAUUGAAGUUGUUUGUGAUUCAGGUGCUCCAUGCAGUUUGGUAUCGAAAUCAUUUGUUGACAGUCUAAAUAAAAAAGUAAGUCUCAAGUCCUGUACUGAUCCAUAUGUCGAUUUUAAUGGAAAUAAAAUUAAGGUCCUAGGACAAUAUGAUGAAAUAAUUGAAUUAAAAGGUACAAAGAAAACAGUGAAGCUGGUAGUAACUGAUAGUAAUAAUAAUCCUUUGUUUGGUAGAAAUUUUCUACGCACAUUUAAUUUUGAACUUAUUCAAGUAAACUCAGUUAGUUCUGAUCAAUAUUCCAUUAUAACUGAGCAAAUUAAAAAUGAAUUUCAUGAAAUUUUUAGUAGUGGUCUUGGAAGUUAUAAGUUUGGGAAAAUAUCUUUGGCCAUAAACAGUGAAGCAACACCUAUUUUUUGUAAACCACGUCCUGUGCCUUUGGCCUGGAAAGGAAAAAUUGAAAAUAAUUUAAGGGAACUAAUAGCAAAUGACGUAUUAGAACAAGUAGACCAUUCAGAAUGGGGUACACCACUAGUACCAAUUUUAAAACCGAACGGUGAUAUUCGUAUCUGUGGCGACUAUAAGGUCACAAUUAAUAAAUAUUUAUCUGAUUUCAAUUAUCCACUUCCUUUAAUUGACGAAAUUUUUGCUUCCCUUCAAGGAGGUCAAUUAUUUUCAAAAUUGGACUUAUCAAACGCUUAUAACCAACUUAUUCUUGAUGACAAAUCACAGCUUUUAUGUACCUGGUCUACGCAUAUUGGAACUUUGAAAAUGAAACGAUUACCUUUUGGCGUCAAACCUGCCGCUGCAAUAUUCCAAAAAACAAUGGAGAACUUAUUGCAAGGAAUACCAUUUGUGGUUGUAUAUCAAGAUGAUAUUACAGUAUCGGUUAAAGAUAUGAAUGAACAUAUUCGAAAUUUGAAGGUAGGAGUAAAGGAUGUCAGUAAUGAUUUUAUCCCGCCUGAAUUACCAUCAUCUUCAAAUGGAAGUACGUCGACGGAAAAGGUUGAACGGUCACAUAAUGAUAACAAUUCUUCAGAAGUAAAUAACAAUGAACAUGAACCAAAUUAA